AAACCCCAAAAUCUCUCUUCAUCAUCAACAUCAUCUCUGCGUCUCUUUCUCCCUCUCUCCCUCUUCCUCCUUCUCUCUUUCACAUUCAUUACAAUGGGCAGAAGAUGCUCACACUGUGGAAACAUAGGACAUAACUCAAGAACAUGUUCUUCUUACAAAACAAGAGCCAUUAGGCUCUUUGGUGUUCAUCUAGACACUACAUGCUCUUCUCCGCCACCACCUCCUCCUCCUCUGUCAAUCUUGGCCACCGCAAUGAAAAAAAGCUUUAGCAUGGAUUGCUUGCCGGCAUGUUCCUCUUCUUCCUCUUCCUUCUGUGGUUAUCUCUCCGAUGGUCUCGCCCACAAAACACCCGACCGCAAAAAAGGGGUUCCAUGGACGGAGGAAGAGCACCGGACGUUUCUAAUUGGAUUAGAGAAGCUUGGAAAAGGAGACUGGAGAGGAAUAUCUAGAAAAUUCGUCGUCACAAAAUCGCCGACACAAGUGGCAAGUCAUGCUCAAAAAUACUUCCUCCGGCAAGCUACCACUCUCCAUCACAAGAGACGCCGUACAAGCCUCUUCGAUAUGGUUUCAGCCAUCAACGUUGAAGAAAAUAGUACUAUUCCAUGUAAUAAUCACAUUGGGUCGACCACAGAUGUUGUUUGGAAACAAGGGUUACUCAAUCCUCGUCUUGGAUAUCCAGAUCCGAAAAUAUCCGGGUCGGGAAAUUCCGGUGGACUCGAUCUUGAGUUGAAGCUUGCGUCCCAUCACUCUUCGGAAUCGAAUAUUAGACCUAUCAGUGUUACGUGAAAAUACAUAUAAAACGUUAAAUAAUUGGUUUAAUUCGUAUAAUCAAAAUGUUUUCAUAUAUAA